ACAGCAGCCACCACAAAUCCACGAGAAUGCAGCCAUGAUCGGCUCCUUCCUCCCCCUCCCCACCACCACCACCUCCGGCCGCUGCCUUCCGCCCCGCGCCACCGCCACCACCACCCUCCCCUUCCCAACAGCCCCGCUCCGUAUCCGCCGCCGCCGGAUCCGCGUCUCCGUAUCGUCGUCGUCGGAGAGCAAGGAGGAGGGCGCGGGGAGCACCAACGGGUCGCUGCCGGGGCUUCCCCCCGUGGGGGAGGAGGAGGAGGAGGACGAGUCCUGCCCGGUGGAGUGCGUGACGGAGUUCAAGACGGACGAGGAGUUCAGCCGGUUCCUGGAGCGGUCGAGGGCGACGGGCGCGCUGGUGGUGGUGGACUUCUUCCGGCCGUCCUGCGGCAGCUGCAAGUACAUCGAGCAGGGCUUCAUGAAGCUCUGCAAGGGCUCCGGCGACCACGGCUCCCCCGUCAUCUUCCUCAAGCACAACGUGAUUGAUGAGUACGACGAGCAGUCGGAGGUGGCGGACCGGCUGCGCAUCAAGGUGGUGCCGCUCUUCCAUUUCUACAAGGCCGGGGUCCUGGUGGAGUCCUUCGCCACCAGGGACAAGGACAGGAUCACCGCCGCCAUUGCCAAGUACACCCAACCUGAUGAGCAGGAGCCGGAGGAGUAAUUUCUACUCCAAAUACGUACAUACAUCAAGAGCCAUCUAGCUAGCCUGGUAAUCAAUCCAGUGGUCUGCCAAAGCUAGCUAGCUAAAUGAACCUGCAUUGUAGCAGGAAAAACUAAACUGGGAUUGGUCGUAAUAAUAAAGCAGAGUAUAUCAUGAAAUAGUUGUAUGCAAAGGGAUCCAUGUAGAAUGGUCGAGGAUAGAUCCUGGUGGAUUACUCAAUGCCAUUCCCGAUCCAGCGACCCCUCGUUGCAAGAUUUCAGUAUUUGACGACCUGAUCAUUUCAACACCUGAAUGAAUUCUACUCUGUUUUUGUCCGGAAACAGAGUUCUAUUCUAUGUGUUUUUGCCUC